AUGUUUGCGCGCGAACAGGAAGAGAAACUCCCCCAUUGCCUUCGCUCUCCAGUUCGCGUUCGCCCUACAGUUCGCCCUACAGUUCGCCCUCCAGUUCGCCCUUCAGUUCGUCUUCCAGUUCGCCCUCCAGUUCGCCCUUUUUCGUUACGGGCUUCUAAAUUCCAACUGUUCAAUCCGACGAGCAUUCCUCAGAAGACUGCUGUUCAUUCUGUUGGUCGACGACCAUCUGAUAUGCAACCUACUGGUUCCAAAACACCUGCCGUUGUGAAUGCUAUGGCGUCUGUCGAUGAUGCGGAAACUCUCGACAUAGUGGCACAAGUUGAAAGUUUGAAACUCAGAAAAAAGCUACAGCCUCUCUUCGAGGGCUCACGCGACGUCGAACCGUUGAAAGGUUUACUGGAAGACGCCAGACCACGACAACUGGGCAAUUUCACUUUCACUGAUACGGUCGUUUGUAAGUUCACUAAAGCUAGGAAACCUAAGGACGUAACUAUGCACACAGCAAGUUUUGACAGUGGUGCGGCAGUAAUCACAUCUAACGAGGCUGUAUUUGUGGAGGGGCUUUCUAAAAGAGAAUCCGGAUGUGUCAUGCGCUUGGACGAACGAGUGUGUGUUUACCCUAAUCGCAAGUUCAUAAUCUGUCAGAAUGGGAUCAUUGGAGAAGGACAUUUUAUCGAGCCUUGUUUGUCUCGUACUAAACCAGCAUUAACGGAGAAGCUGAUAGAAGAUUUUGAGUUUAUUUCUCGCGGUCUCGCCGUGCAAAUUGACAACGAAAUUCAAGAAAAGGAAGCCGAGCUUGGUGGAGCAGAGCUGAAUAGCUCACAUUACGAUAGCGUGGACUGAUAGCUUCGAUUCACAGAAAAGAACAAGAACUCGAACAUGAUACUUGAGAAUUUUGUUUCUGAUGUUUAAAGGCACCGUCCAUCCAAACUGAGGGUGAUGAGAUUUUUAAUGUUAUGUAGUAGCGGGGUCUAAUCACUCAAAUCUUGCUGCAAAAGAAAAAAAACCGCAGUGGAAGAACCGCUCCAGAAGUAAGAAGCGUCUAGUCUACGUUGGCUCCGCCCAUUAACGUGAGUGAUGUGACGAUAAUAAGUCCAGAGCUUUUCUACCCGGAAUUGUCAUGAAUGUCCUUCACAGAAAUCAUCGAAUCAUCGAAUCUGCGACACCUCUAUCUUUGAGCUUAUUUUCGGACUUGUAAUCUUCAGACUCACGGGGGGGGGGGAGCCAGUGUGGCCGCUACCACCUUCUGGAGCAGUUUUGUCGCUUCGGAGUUCAUCUUUUGCAUCGAGACUUGGGCGGUUGCUUAAUUAUGGGCCGCUAUUAUAUAACAUUGAAAUCUUAUCACCCUCAAGUUGGGUGGAUGGUAUUUCUAAGAAAUUGGCAGUUGACUGCCCCAACUACACGAGUACAAAACGCAUCUGAUUUUUUCUUAAACUUGAUCAACCU